AUGGAACUCACACCAACAAAUAGAAGGGACCAGGCCCCUUCUAUGUGUGGCAAGGCAACCCUGACCCUAGGCAGGCCGAUCUUCAUCACUGCCCUGGUCGGGCUGGCAGGAAACGCCGCUGUGCUCUGGCUCCUGGGCUGUCCCUUGAGGAGGAACGCCUUCUGCUACAUCCUCAACCUCAAGGGAGCAGACUUCCUCUUCCUCUGCUGCCAGGUUGGGUAUUCCCUGCGGUCAUUCAUCAAGCACUCCUGGGAUACUCCCACAUCCAUCACUGUGCUGAUCUUUGCCUACAUCGCAGGCCUGAUCUUUCUCAGCGCCAUUAGCACAGAGCGCAGCCUGGCCAUACUGUGGCCCAUCUGGUACUGCUACAGCUGCCCCAGACACAUGUCAGCUGUCACAUGUGCUCUGCUCUGGGCCUUGUCCCUGCUGCUGAGCAUCCUGGAAGAGAGCUACUAUGGCUUCCUGAUGAAGAUUUGUUAUGACACUUGAUGUCAGGUGUUUGAUUUCCUCAUCGUCGCCUGGCUGAUUUCCUUAUGUGUGCUUCUCUCUGGGUCCAGCCUGGUUCUGCUGACCAGGCUGCUGUGUGGCUCCCAGCAGGUGCAGCUGACCAGGCUCUACGUGGCCAUCCUGCUCGCCAUGCUGGUCUUCUUCCUCUGCGCCCUGCCUUUUGGCUGCAAGUGGUUUCCGUGUUACUGGAUUCAGGAACUUUGCAGCAAAACGUUUUCAUACUUUCUGACACUGACUGGGUUUGUCCUGUCUAGUCUCCGCAGCAGUGCCAACCCCAUCAUUUACUUUUUUGUUGGCUCCUUUAGGGGGCAGCAGCAGCCGCGGCAGCCCCUCGGGUUGGUUCCCCAGAGGCUCUGGAGUACGUGGCUGAGGUGGAGCAAUGGAGGGAGCCUUCCCCAGGACACCAAGGAGACUUCAGGAAGCAGUUUCACGCAGGGAUUCUCUGUCAAGCAGGGUUUCGGUGCGCCCAGAUCAGUCGUGUUCCCUCUGGCGGUAGCCCUAGCGGCGUAG